AUGGCGAAACGCAAGGCACCUGAAGAACUCUCCACUAAUUUGAAUACUAUCAAAGCUCGCAACCGCGUCUCCAACCUUACUGAAGAUGAGAAGGCUGUUCAUUUAGCACUCAAGGCUGACCAUGGCGAUCUGAGCUACUACUUAAAGAAGUUAUACAAGUCUGCAAAGUAUAUCGCUGCCUCUGCUGAAGACAAGACACGUCUACAGAAUGAAUUGAAGGUUGAGCGUAUUCGUGUUCGGACUGAAAAGGGCACCCAUGCAUCUUGCAUUGCGAAUCAGAAAGUCAAGAAUACUAGCGCCCCUUCUUCUUCUCCACAAGCCCCACCAUCUACUCCGCCACAACUUCUGUCUGAGCUUGCUGCAUUUGAGGGUAUCACCAGUAUCCCAAUCGAUGACGAUCAUAACAGCGAAUGGGAGGAUACUGAGGUUGAAGACGAUUUAGAGUUGGAGCUUAUGUUAUGGCGCGACGAUAUUUUAAAUGACGAGGCUGUUCUACCAGAUGAGCUUUCUGAUGAAGAGAUCGCUAGCAUCCAGGCUCUCUUAACUCAAGCACGCAUUGAUGCCCAUGAAGAGUCCAAUUUCCGCAAGUGGCAACAUUUCUGGGAUAGCUGUAUCCGCUCAUAUACGAGAAAGGCUGGAAAGCUGAGAAAGAAGCCUGAGCAUCUCUUUGAAUAUAUGCCAUGGAUUGAUGUAGAAGAAGGCACUUUUCACAACGUUAUCCCACCACAUAAAUAUUUCUGUUUGUACGAGCAGGCAGUUUGGACAAACUUUACAGCUUGGAAGUUUGGAAAGUGGGCCCAAUUACCAGGACCUGCGCAGUGGUACCCAAAGUCUUACAAUCUUGUCGACAACGGAUGGUUACAAGUCUCCACUCAUAGUUCUAGCUUCAAAGAGGCGUUCUUACUUGUCUACUCUAAGAAAUUUGAUAAGGAAAAGUGGGCUAAGGUAUCAGCUGCACAGGAUAUGUUGUUUCUGGAGUUAGAGUAG